CCUGCCCGCCCGCCCGCCCGCCGGCUUCUGCUCCGGGCCCAGGGCCCCCGGCUGUGGGCUUCGCCAUGAGCGUCCCCGACUACAUGCAGUGUGCCGAGGACCACCAGACGCUCCUGGUGGUGGUCCAGCCCGUGGGGAUCGUCUCGGAGGAGAACUUCUUCCGCAUCUACAAGAGGAUCUGCUCCGUGAGCCAGGUCAGCGUGCGGGACUCCCAGCGCGUGCUGUACAUCCGCUACCGGCACCACUACCCGCCCGAGAACAACGAGUGGGGCGACUUCCAGACGCACCGCAAGGUCGUGGGCCUGGUCACCGUCACCGACUGCUGCUCGGCCCGGGACUGGCCGCAGACCUUCGAGAAGUUCCACGUGCAGAAGGAGGUCUACGGCGCCACGCUCUACGACUCCAGGCUCUUCGUCUUCGGGCUGCGGGGCGAGGUGGCGGAGCAGCCGCGCACCGACGUGGCCUUCUACCCCAGCUACGAGGACUGCCCGACCGUGGAGAAGCGGAUCGAGGACUUCAUCGAGUCGCUCUUCAUUGUGCUCGAGUCCAAGCGCCUGGACCGGGCCACCGACAAGUCUGGGGACAAGAUCCCUCUGCUCUGCGUCCCGUUCGAGAAGAAGGACUUCGUGGGGCUGGACACAGACAGCAGGCAUUACAAGAAGCGGUGCCAAGGGCGCAUGCGGAAGCACGUGGGGGACCUGUGCCUGCAGGCGGGCAUGCUGCAGGACUCGCUGGUGCACUACCACAUGUCGGUGGAGCUGCUCCGCUCCGUGAACGACUUCCUGUGGCUCGGAGCCGCCCUCGAGGGGCUGUGUUCGGCCUCUGUCAUCCACCACUACCCCGGCGGGACCGGCGGCGGCGGGACCGGCUCUCGGAGGCUGCAGGGGGGCUCCGUUGCCGCGGAGGCGGCCAACAGACAUCGCCCAGGGGCGCAGGAGGUCCUCAUUGACCCAGGUGCCCUAACCACCAACGGCAUCAACCCCGACACCAGCGCCGAGAUCGGGCGCGCCAAGAACUGCCUGAGCCCCGAGGACAUCAUCGACAAGUACAAGGAGGCCAUCUCCUACUACAGCAAGUACAAGAACGCCGGCGUGAUCGAGCUGGAGGCCUGCGUCAAAGCGGUGCGCGUGCUGGCCGUGCAGAAGCGGAGCAUGGAGGCCUCGGAGUUCCUGCAGAACGCCGUCUACAUCAACCUCCGGCAGCUGUCGGAGGAGGAGAAGAUUCAGCGCUACAGCAUCCUCUCGGAGCUCUACGAGCUGAUCGGCUUCCGGCGCAAGUCCGCCUUCUUCAAGCGCGUGGCGGCCAUGCAGUGCGUGGCGCCCAGCAUCGCGGAGCCCGGCUGGAGGGCCUGCUACAAGCUGCUCCUGGAGACGCUGCCGGGCUACAGCCUGUCGCUGGACCCCAAGGACUUCAACAAAGGCACACACCGAGGCUGGGCCGCCGUGCAGAUGCGCCUGCUCCACGAGCUGGUGUACGCCUCCCGGAGGAUGGGGAACCCCGCCCUGGCCGUGCGGCACCUGUCCUUCCUCCUGCAGACCAUGCUGGACUUCCUGUCGGAUCAAGAGAAGAAGGACGUGACUCAGAGCCUGGAGAGCUCCACCUCCAAGUGCCCAGGCACGAUGGAGCUCAUCACCCUGCCCGACGGCCUCGCCCUGCCGCCCGUGCCCCUCACCAAGCUGCCCAUUGUCAGGCGCGUGAAACUGCUGAACCUCCCUGCCAGCCUCCGGCCACAGAAAAUGAAAAGCUUGCUGGGUCAGAGCGUGUCCACCAAGAGCCCGUUCAUCUACUCGCCCAUCAUCGCCCACAGCCGCGGGGAGGAGCGGAGCAAGAAGAUCGACUUCCAGUGGGUCCAAGGGGACGUGUGCGAGGUCCAGCUGAUGGUGUACAACCCGAUGCCGUUCGAGCUCCGCGUCGAAAACAUGGGGCUGCUCACGAGCGGAGUGGAGUUCGAGUCUCUCCCUGCGGCCCUGUCGCUGCCGGCCGAGUCUGGGCUUUACCCGGUGACGCUCGUCGGGGUCCCCCAGACAACGGGCACGAUCACCGUGAACGGUUACCACACCACCGUGUUCGGCGUCUUCAGCGACUGCCUGCUGGACCACCUCCCGGGGGUGAAGACCAGCGGCUGCGCGGUCGAGGUGGUCCCCGCCCUGCCCAGGCUGCAGAUCAGCACGUCUCUGCCCAGGUCGGCACAUGCCCUGCAGCCCUCCUCGGGGGACGAGGUGUCUACGAACGUGUCUGUCCAGCUCUACAACGGGGAGACCCAGCAGCUGGUCAUCACCCUGGAGAACAUCGGGAUGGAGCCGCUGGAGAAGCUGGAGGUCACCUCCAGAGUCCUCACCACCAAAGAGAAGCUGUACGGCGACUUCCUGAGCUGGAAACUGGAAGAAACCCUCGCCCAGUUUCCGCUGCAGCCCGGCAAGGUGGCCACGUUCACCGUCGACAUCAAGGCGAAGCUGGACUUCUCCUGCCAGGAGAACCUCCUCCAAGACCUCAGCGAUGACGGGGUCAGCGUGAGCGGCUUCCCGCUGUGCAGUCCCUUCCGGCAGGUCGUCCGGCCGCGCGUGGACGGCAAGGCCGCGAAUCCGCCCGAGGGCAGCAAGCCCGGGGACCCGAGCCACGUGAAGACCCUGGAGGCGGUCCUGAAUUUCCAGUACUCCGGAGGCCCCGGCCACGCGGAGGGCUACUACAGGAGCCUGGCCCUGGGGCUGCACGUGGAGGUGGAGCCGUCCGUGCUCUUCACCCGGGGCAGCACUCUACCGGCGACCAGCACCCGCCAGUGCCACCUGCUCCUGGACGCCUUCAACUCCACGGAGCGCGAGCUGACAGUCAGCGCCCGGGGCGGCGAGGAGCUGACCCUGCACGCGGGCGAGUGCCAGCGGAUGGCCAUUCAGGUGGACAAGUUCAACUUCGAGAGUUUGCCCGAGUCCCCUGGGGAGAAGGGGCAGUUUGCAAGUUCCAGGCAGCUGGAGGAAGAGCGGCAGGAAGCGCGAGGCCUGGAGAUCAACAGCAAGCUGGGCAUCCGCUGGCGAAUCCCCUCCCUGAAGCGCACGGGCGAGGCGAGCGUGGAAGGCCUGCUGAGCCAGCUGGUCCUGGAGCACCUGCAGCUGGCCCCCCUGCAGUGGGACGUGCUGGUGGACGGACAGCCGUGUGACUGCCAGGCGGCCGCCUGCCGGGUGGGCGACCCCAUACGCCUGGAGGUGCGGCUGACCAACCGGAGCCCGCGCAGCGUCGGGCCCUUCGCCCUCACCGUGGUCCCCUACCAGGACCACCAGAACGGCGUGCACAACUACGACCUGCACGGCGCCAUCUCCUUCGUGGGCUCCAGCACCUUCUACCUGGACGCGGUGCAGCCUUCCAGCCAGUCGGCCUGCCUCGGGGCCCUCCUGUUCCUCGCCACUGGCGACUUCUUCCUGCGCAUCCGGUUCCACGAGGACGGCACGAGCAGGGAGCUGCCGCCGUCCUGGUUCUGCCUGCCCAGCGUGCAUGUGCGCGCCCUGGAGGGGCAGGCCUGAGCCGGAGGCUGGGCCCUGUGCGUGUUGGGGGGGUGGCCCGGCCCGGCCCCACACCCCAGCAGGGGCGAGCCUCUGCUGCAGCUCCUGUCCCGCCGCCGGCCCCCCAGCCCCAGCGCUCGGCACCCCUUCUCCUGCCCAGCGUCCUUUUUGGGCUCUGCGGGCGCCCAGGUGUGGCCGCCUUGCCCAGCCUGCACUGCCCGGUGGGGCUGCUUCUCCGCUGGGGCCUGAUGCUGACCAGACCCCAGAGGGUGGCGCCCACCCAGCCCAGGCCCCAGGCCCCUGCCCCUGUUCCUGUUCCUGGGACCUGGGAGGACGGCCCAGCCCGGGUGGGCCUGUUCCAGGCCCUGGCUGCCCGAGUGUCUGUGACAAGGUCUGCAAUAAAGGGCCUGGCUCCCUGC